CAAACAAACUGAACAACCCGAACAACCUGGAUCUGUACCUGAACAACCCCUACCUCCAACAAAUAAUAAUAAUCAAAUAUAUGAUAAAGCAAUUGCUGAAUUUAAUCAUUUAAAAGAAGCUUAUAUUGAAGGGUUCAAUGAUUCUGUUAAAAAAAAUCUUAAUGAUGCAGUUACAAAAAUAAAUAAUAAACUUGAUAAUAUUAAUAUUGAAAAAGGAGGAAUUGAUUAUGAAGAAAUUAAAAAAAGACAAAAGAAGCAU